GGUUUGCCAUCCGCCAAUACACAAAAAGAAGAAGAAAGGGAUUUAAGAGGCGGGGUUUCGUUGGAGGCAAAAGCUCUGAAAAUGGCAAUCGCUUGCAGUUAAAAGCCAACAUCGCAAUAUAAACUUGAAUCCUUUUAAGUGUGAAGGACACAAAUACCAAGGAGAGCAAAAAUGGAUGCAGGUGAAGACCAAAACACAGGCACCACCAAUGGAAAUCCUCAAACAAGUGGGAACUCUCGUGCACCCCAGAUAGCCCACAUGUCUCUAUAUGAGAGACAGGCUGUACAGGCUCUCCAAGCACUGCAAAGACAGCCAAAUGCAGCUCAGUACUUUCAGCAGCUCAUGUUGCAGCAGCAGAUCAAUAGUGCACAACUCCACAACUUGGCUGCUGUGCAACAGGCCACGCUUGCAGCUAGUCGUCAGUCAAAUACCCCAAGUAACAGCAUGUCCCAGACGACCACCACUGUAAGUUUUGUUGUCAACCUAAGCACCACAUCUGCGGGUACAAUGACCAAUCCCCGUCCUCAUGGUCCAGCCUCCUCUGCAACAACAACAGCUCUCAACCAAUCAGUGUUGCUGGGUGGAAACUCUGCAGGACAGGGACAGAUGUAUCUAAGGGUCAACCGCUCUCUUAGGGCUCCUCUUGCCUCCCAGCUCAUCUUCAUGCCUGGUGGUACAGCAACAGUUGCCCAGACACAACCCCAGCAGCAGCAGCAGCAGCAGCAACAUGAAGUUGCACCUACAACAGCCCAGUCUGACAAUGAUCAGGUGCAGAAUCUGACCUUACACUGUGCGUCCGCUCCUAGAGCAGUUGCUGUAAAAGCUGAGCUUCCAGAGAGGAAAGAUGUUGCUAGAUUUCCUCUUGGUCAACAGCAGCCGCAGCAGAGUUUUGCCCAGACAGCUCAGCAGCAGCAAGUGCAACCACAACAGCAGCAACACAUGGCCAAACCCAGCUUUACUCAGCAGUCCAAUGUCAACACUAUGACUCUAAAGAAUGUGACUCCUUCUGCUUCUGUAGCUCCUUCCUCCUCUUCCUCUCCAGCGCUCCCUCUUUCCCAACUCCUCCUGUCCUCCUCUGCUGCCCCCAUGAUCCUGGUCCCCACCUCAAAUGUUCCUCCAACCACCCAGGGCUACACUAUUGGCCCAAAAGCCAACGUUAACACACAAACUCUGGUGGUGCAGCCCCUACAACAGGCCAGCACUAUUGCAGAAAAAGGACCUGUGCCAAUCCAACCCAAGACAGCUCAAGGACAACGCUUACCUGUACAGCUGCCUCCUCGACACCCACCUCCCAUUCUCCCAGCUCCACCUAGCAACACCCAGCACAACACUCCCCACAUCCCUGUGCAGCUUGUGGGAGCCAGGCAGGGCUUAACAGGAAACGCACAGGCUGUUGCCCUGGCACUGGCACGAAGCAGCACGGCCCAGGAAAGUACAGCUGGCGGGAAUUUUAACACAGUCUCCAACAACAGUGCUAUGAUAAAGCCUGCUAUUGGUUCUCUGAAGAGAAAAUCUGACAGUGACGCACCAAAUGAGAUGGUGACAGAAUCUUCAGACUCUACACCUAUGAAAGAUUCUGCUCCUCCCUUAUCCCCUGCUCCAACAAAGGACUCGGCUCCUCCUGUAGUAGCUGCCUUCUCAUCCCCUCCCACCCUGUCCUUGCCUCUGCCCUUGUCAAGAGUCGGUCAUGGGGACAAAGACAGAGCGCCUGUUCCUCAGGCAGUGGUCAAACCUCAAGUCCUCACCCACCUCAUAGAAGGCUUUGUCAUCCAGGAGGGAGCUGAGCCCUUCCCCGUUGCUGGACUCCUCAAAGACAGAGAUUUUGCCCUGGUUGGCCGCUCUGAAAAUGGACCUCAAUUGUUAAAGUGUGAGUACUGUGCAAGCCUUGCCCCAGCCAGCCAGUUCAGAGGAUCAAAGAGGUUCUGUUCAAAUACUUGUGCCAAGAGGUAUAAUGUGAGCUGCAGCCAACACUUCAAGACAAGCAGAGGGAGGAGUGGUGCGGGGCUGGCACCGCCUCCAGCACCCACUGAGAGCGCUGCAAGGCGAAGAGGCCCCCCUCGCAGGAGCAGUUCUAAUAUCAAUAACAUUUCAAGCAGGCAUCUAUCUGUUAAGUGUCACUCCGAGUCCAGUCGCUCGGAGGACGUUUCCAGCGACGGGGAAGAAGAGGACGAUUCUCCUUCACUGUCCCCAAGCUCUUCACACUCCUGCUCUAGAGCUGAGCGCAGCGCUCCUCCGUCUGACAGCUCAGCUCCUGGUAGCCUCCCACUAGAUGGGGCUAACUUUCUCUCAGCAACUCCUGCUCAGUGGAGUGUGGAAGAAGUCUGCAGAUUUAUCUCUUCACUUCAAGGCUGUGAAGAGUUGGCUGCACAGUUUCUGUCACAGGAAAUAGAUGGGCAGGCUCUGCUGCUCCUGCGAGAGGACCAUCUCAUCUCCACCAUGAAUAUCAAGCUGGGUCCUGCUCUCAAGAUCUGUGCCUCCAUCAACAUCCUGCGUGAGUGAUGCAGUGUGUACUUCAGAGGGACACCAGGAUUGUUGUCUCAUUGACUUAUCACUGAAAUCAAUACCUGGACCUCUUUUAGUAAGAAGUAAAAAGACUAUGGGGGAAGUGAGGAUGUUUCUUACAAAACAAUGGUGCACUAUCAGUCAUGUGAAGACAUGGGAAUGGACAGUUUACUUUCUGGACAUUGAAUGUGCAAAAACAUGUUAUAUGUGUACUGCCAUGUGUGAGUGGUGAGCAUGGACAGUCUAAAGUAUCCAUGUCAGUAGUGUUUGUCAGUUGUUGUUUUUCUGUUGCUGUGAGUAAAAGACCUUUUGUAUGUAUUCUCGAAUGAAACUGUGCAAAUCUGCCAGCCUGCAGUUAUCGGUGCUAGGUCUUCUUACUAGGACAGUUUACCUGUUGGGUUAAAAAAA